AUGAGUGUGACUUAUUCGACGGUAUCAAUUUCAAUUUUGGAGGACAUGUUGUGCGAGAUCACCGGCGAAAUCAUCAGCAGGUCCAUUUUGGAAGAAAAGCUGUUACGCCAGCAGUUUGGGCCGGUGCAACAGCAGGUGUUUGCGGACGAGGGGGAGACUACAGUGGGAACACUGAAGAAAUUACGGCAAACAGCAGGGAACUCGGACAACAGCUCUACAAACUCGUCGGCGCUGGGAACACCACAGCCGGGAGAGAACGGAUCGGCUGUGGAUGUGGGAAGAGUCAAUUUUGUGCGCAACGGCAAAGAUAUCUUUGGGAAAAACACUGCCUCGGGAGACAGCUAUUUCCAGUGCCUGAACUGCGACCGAAAGAUCGCCGGAGGUCGGUUUGCGGCACACAUCGACAAGUGUCUGGGAGGCAGGGUAAGAAAGUAA